AUGAUUGACCCAAUUGAUAAAAUUAUUGAAGAAACAUUUGUUUAUAAAAUUGACAUGCUUCAUAAUCUUUCUUUAUCAUCGAAUGCUUCAAUGAUUCGUUACGCUUUAGCAUAUAAAGACUUUAAUCCUAAUGAAAAAUAUCCUGAGGAAGAGAUAGAAUCAAGUUUUGAAUUAACGAAAAAGUAUUGGAAAUAUAAAAUUGAAUCAUAUAAGAAACAAGAUGAAAAAGCAGAAAGGGAUACUAAAAAUAAUGUUUCAAUGGAUGAUUUUCAAUACUAUCACGAUUUAAUCCUUUCAUCUAAAUGCAAAAUGUGUGGUAAAGCGUUUACAUAUGCAAAUAAACCAACAUUGGAUAGAAUCGAUAAUGAAAAACCACAUACCAAAGAAAAUUGUCAGUUAAUGUGUUGUUAUUGCAAUGUCGUGAAAUCAAAUAAAGAUGAAGAU